AUCUGUGACGCGCCUCGACGCGGCCAGGGACUCGGAUGGGCGGCGUGCAGCUAUUUUGUGCGCGCGCAACCGCUGUUAUCGGAUAUUUUAUCGUAUCCGUCAAAUGGCGCGAUCUGCCGGUUGUGGUGCCUCUCCGACCCACCGCCGAACCCGUCGAUCUAAAGUCAGAACCACAGGCGGUGCCAGACAUCAGUCGUCCGUAUUCCGUCAACGUCCUGAUGGUCGCUCCUUGUAUUGCGCCGAGUCGCCGGUCCGUCGAUCAAUUGGUUCAAUAAUUAAUUAAUUUGCUCGACGUUCGAUGCCUCAGCUAUUGUUUUAGCGUUUCAUUUAUCCGAUUCGACUCAAUAUUGCGGCAACUUAUCGUCAACAAAACGUGGUCUCCGCUAUCAGCUUCACUGGAAAAUCUUGCUUUGCUGAUCAUACCACAUGAGUUUCAAAGAAUAAUAUGACUACCUAGUACAAAAUUUAGUGUCAAUCUGUUCAUUAGUUUCCAAGUCUACAGCUCUGUAUAAAUUAAUAAGGGACAAGUAUUAUACUUCAACAAGCUAAUCCAAAAAUAAGCAUUAUGUCUCUUACUCUUGCACUAAAUAAAUCUUCUAAUCAAAAAUAUAAUCCACAAAUAUUACAUAAACAUCGUAAAGAUAAAGAAAGCAUCAGAGGUGUAUUCACAUGGUUAAAAAUUUCAAAAUAUAAUAUACCUGCCAUUGUACGUGUAACUUAUGGUGAACGUUCACAUUUUGUAUCUGUGCGAAUGGCUGAAACUAAUAUACUUAAAAAAUAUUUACCUUCUUUACAUUCAGACCUUUUGGAAGUGGUAUUCGUGAAAUUUUACUUAAUGACCUAUUAUGAAGCUAAAUUGUUUAAUGAAAUUAACAGACUUCAUUCCAAUAAUUUUUAUGGGGAAAAUUCAUUUUCAACUUCAGAUUAUAUUGUUCGUUUUGAAGAUAUGUAUGAGUUUUAUGAGUUCAUAGAAUUUUGUUAUACAAAAUUAUUUUACCAUAUUAUUCCUGACCUCGAAGAAAAAUGUGGUUUUUUACGAAUCGACUUUAAAUCCGUUGUUCCAUACAUCAUGAUAGAUAGUAUAAAAUAUAUUCCGCUAAACUGUUUUGAUUUUAUUGACAAAAACCUAACUCAACAAUAUGUGAAAAUUAAAGAUUGGAGCUUGGCCUAUCUCAAGUUCUGUUGCAAAGUUCAGGGUAUCACGGAAAAUUUGUGUUCAAACGAAUCUUGUAAAAUGAUUAGCAUUGAUGUUAUCAAGAGUUAUUUUUCUCCAAAAUCACAUUUUGAAGAAUUUUGGCCAGAUGAUUUUAAUAAAAAUCAACUAAUAAAUAAUAAUAUAGAAGCAAAGGAAUCACGUUUCUGGAUCAGAAAAUCCCUUGUAAUCGCAACAGUUACUGAAAAUACUACUACACACAGUUCAAAAACAACAGUAAUACCACAUAGUAUGCCAGUGAUAACAAAUGUCCAAGAACUGAAAAAAAAACAAAUGGAAUUGUCAGAAAUACAACAAGGCAGAAGCAUAAUAAUAAAUAAUACAGUUAAUGUUCCACAACUGCCUCCUACAUCAACUCAAGCUCUUAACAACCAAGAAGAGAAGGUUUACACCCCUAUUUGUGAUGUGCAGUUGAAGAGAAAAUCAGAACAAUUGUUGCAUGGCACUUCAAAAAAAAAUGCAUAUAAGGGGUUGUCAGAAAUACAAGGCAGCAACGCUAUAAAUAGUAUAGUUAAAGUUCCACAACUACCACCACCACCAUCACCACCACCAGCAAUACCACUAUUCCGAGUAGGCAAAGUGGAAACUCAAGAUACGGAGCACAUGGAAAUUGAUUUGGUUGACGUAAUGUCUCCAACAUCCUACAACACAACAAGACAGGUUUCCGCCCUAAUACUGCUAUAUUGAAGAAACAACGAAUGAAAGAACAAAUGUUUCAUGGCACAUCAAUAAAUGGAACAUACAAGGUUAAUAUUGUUUAAAAUUAUAAUGUUGACUGAAGAAGUAAGACCCUAAUAUAAAAUAAUAUUCUUUUUCACCACAUUAUAAA